UACGUAACGACAAGGUGAAGCCUCCAUUGACACCUCCAUAUAGCGGCCCGUACAGAGUUGUGGAACGAGAUGACAAGUUCCUAACAGUGGACGUCCAGAAUGUUCCCCAACGAGUCUCCAUGGAUCGACUGAAGGCAGCAUAUGUUCCAGCAUCUCAUCAACUGGCGGAGGAACAUUCAUACACCAACCGUUUGCUGCUCAACGUAUGCCAGCAGAACCGUUCACAACCAGUGGGUUCCUCACUGGGGGGGAGCCCUGUGGCAGACUUCCGAAGGUAGCAAGUGCCCGCCACAAAUUGGUUGGCUCCACGGGAGGAGAGUAGCAACUAGUGUUGGGCGAUUAUGAAUGAUGUAAUCGAGAUAUUUCGAUUAUGGCUGAAUAAUCGAUCAUUCGAUUAUCGCAGGCGAGAGAAUCGAUUCCAAACGAGAUUUUUGUAGUUUUAGCCAUAGAAAGACUUUUACACAUAAGAUAUUAGUGAAAUCCAUUUUUUUAUUCAAAGGUAUCAUAGGAAAGGAAAUCAUAUUUACUGACCUAUAGAAUAAGUAUAAUACACAACCACUAGAUACUAGAUUCUCACAAAUAAUUUAUUCUAUGGCUACGAAAUUGGAUUAUUUGACGAAAUCUUAUGCAACCAACAAUGCACUAGAAUAUUAAGGGCCUUAAGGGCAGUAUGCCUUCUUGCGAAAGCCUGUACUCACAGAAUAACCAAUAACUACCUGUACUAAAUAAUAUAAUAAUAAUAUUAAUUAUUAGUUAUUAGUUCUUAUGUUCUUAUUAAAUAACGUUGUGGUGUGGUAGCCAAGAGUGUCAAAUAUGAGUACAAGAGGGAAACGAUCUAUUGUGUGGACAUUUUUUAUUCUUACACAAAGCAAAAAAAUUGUUCAAUGUACAUUGUGCAAAAAAGAAUACAAAUAUUUUAAAAAUACAACGAACCUUAAAGAGCACUUAAAACGAAUGCAUCCUAGUUGCUUACUGGUGCCUGCUUCAAUUCAGGAAGACGAUGAGGAUGAGGAUGAAUUGUUAACUCCAUCAGGUUCCAGAGAAAUGGAUACUCCACAAACCCCUAAUUUGUCAACAGCCUCUAGUUUUGAAAGUACAAAAAAACCAUCGCAAUUAAGACACACAAAACAGUUAUGUCUUGCUGGAUCAUCGAGAUCUAACACUUUAAGUCAAUCACAAAUAAAAAAUUUUAAUCUUGCCCUUAUUAAAAUGAUCGUUUUUGAUUAUCAACCGUUGCAAAUUGUUGAAGACAGAGGUUUUCGAGAAUUUACUAAAAAGUUAAAUCCAUUAUAUACACUUCCAUCUCGCAAAAUGUUAACUUCAAAAUUAAUUCCAGAGCUGUAUCAAACUGAAAUUCAUAAAUUGAAAAGUAAGUUGUCAGCUGUAGAUCAUGUUGGUGUUACAACAGACCUUUGGACAUCUGAUACUAUAAAUCACUACAUUACUAUUACUAUUCAUUUUAUAGAAAAUGCAGAGUUACACACCAGCGCCCUCCAGACCAGUGAAGUACAGGGAAGCCAAACUGGAUCACAUAUAGCUUCCGAGUUAAUGGAGAUUUUCAAUAAAUGGGAAAUUAGUAGGAAGGUUGUAACUGUAGUCUCAGACAAUGGUGCAAAUAUAAAAUCUGCUAUAAAUGAUCAUUUACAUAUGCAUCAUCAUCCGUGUGUGGCGCAUACUCUAAACUUAACAGUGAAAGACGGGUUAAUCCAAAAUAAUGAAUUGAAUGUUAUAUUGCAAAAGUGCAGGAAUAUUGUGGGACAUUUUAAACAUAGUGCAAUUGCUGUAGAAAAACUGUCAACGAUGCAGCAACAAAUGAACAGUCCUCAGUUAAAAGUGAAGCAAGAUGUAGUAACGCGCUGGAACUCUACAUAUAUAAUGCUGGAUAGAUUAAUUGCCAUUAAGGCUUCAAUUACUGCUGUGAUGUCUAGUCUACCAAAGGCUCCUGAGAUGCUCAAUGCAGAGGAAUGGCUUAUUUUAGAGGACUGCAUUUGUGUACUAAAACCGUUCGAUUUGAUGACAACAACCUUGUCUGGAGAAAAAUAUGUCACCCUAUCAUCAAUAAUACCGCUUGUACGAGGACUGCAAUAUUCUCUUAAUAGAAUGAACUGCCUGACAGAUAUUGGUAACAAGCUGAAAGUUGAUUUACUUGCAAUUAUUUCAAGACGGCUCGGCAGUUAUGAACGUGAUAAAAUAUCAGCAAAAGCUACUUUUUUAGACCCCCGUUAUAAAAAACAAGCUUUUGGAUCACAAGAUAAUGCUAACAAUGCUGAAAAAUGGAUAAUAGAAGAACUCGGAAGCCUUAUUGCUGAAACUUCACUUGAAGCUCCGACUACAGUAUCCCAAUCUGAGGUUGAUCAUGCAGAUUCUGAUAACACGUUGUGGGAAUAUUUGGACAAAAAGAUCACUGACUCUACCAAUGUAAGAAAUACUUCGCCGACAGCAAAAGCCAUACUAAUGGUCAAACAGUAUUUGUCAAUGGCAAAUACACCACGCUCUUCGAGUCCACUUGCUUUCUGGUCAGCAAACGAAAAUCUGUUUCCUGCAUUAUUCAAAAUGCAUAAAAAAUAUCUCUGCGCUCCGGCUACAUCAGUGCCGUCAGAAAGAAUAUUUUCAAAAAGUGGCAUAAUUACAAAUUCCAGGCGAAAUAGACUUUCAGCUAAAAAUUUAAACCAAAUAAUUUUUUUGAACACAAAUUUGUAGUAAUUGGUAGUUAAUAAAUUACUACUAUUACAAUUAGUUUGUUUUUAUUUAAUAUUUUAUU